AUUCAAUGUUUGUGUUUGUAAUUGUAUUGUUGCUUGGAUUCGUCGCAUCGGUAUUAUUGUGAUUAUUUUGAAAACAUUAACUAUUGCUAGAAAUGCCUGAAAACCGGCACCCCCAAAGCCGACGUCUUGUGGAUGGUGAAGCCUCUACGUCUGGGUCUACUUACUCAAAUUUGGUUGGUGUCAUCUUCAUAUUCAAUCUGAUUGUCGGAACGGGUGCAUUAACAUUACCAGGCGUUUUCGUCAAGGCAGGAUGGCUGCUGAGUCUCAUAGUUAUAGUAUUGCUAGCUUCAAUGAGCUACAUGACAGUGACGUUUGUUAUAGAGACUAUGGCCUGUGCCAAUGCCAUUAAUAACUGGCAGAAUCUACAGGUCUUAAGGCAUCGUCAAAAUUCUGAAGAACACAGCGAAGCGGAUGAUGAAGCUGCAUCGGCAGCAUCUAGGCAAGAAGAGGAAGUUAGUCUGUUGGGUGGUGACAGUGGUGAACUAGAACGGAUCCCAUUGACCAUUCAGAGCGCUGAAUUUCACUAUUAUCAGCUUUCAAAGAAAUUCGAACUGGGUGAAAUGGCAACAUUGUUUUUCAACGAUAUCGGACGAACAUUAUUCUAUUUGUGUUUCAUUGUUUAUCUAUAUGGAGACUUGAGCAUUUACUCUGCUGCCGUAGCAAGAAGUCUACGCGACGUUGUGUGUGAUGAUAAAAAUGUCACCAACUAUGGUAAUUCGAAUUUGAUGUUUUGGCCGGGUGAUUUCAAGAAUAACACAAAUAGUCCAUGCUGGAUGGAACACACUAUAUCAAGGCUAAGCAUGUACCGAGUAUUUCUAAUUGCAUUCACUGUAAUAUUCGGUCCAUUUGCCGCAUUUAAUGUUCAAAAGACAAAAUAUUUGCAAAUACUCACAGCCUUCUUUCGAUGGACGGCAUUUACUUUAAUGAUCGGCCUAGCUCUUAAGAUACUGAUCACAAAAGGAGCAAGAGGCCAUCCAGUGAGCGUUGAUUUUAACGGGAUCCCAUCAUUAUUUGGAGCCUGUGUCUACUCCUUUAUGUGUCAUCAUUCUUUGCCCAGCCUUUUAGCGCCUAUCAGACAAAAGAAGAUGAUUGCUAAAAUCAUUUCCUUUGACUACAUUUUUAUAUGUUCAUUUUACAUUUUACUAGCAUUGACUGGUAUUUUUGCAUUCAAACACGUCGAAAUUCUUUAUACGUUAAAUUUUUUGCCACAAAAUGUACCCUAUACGGAUUUUGCUUCAGCUGUGCUUAUUGGCAUUGAUUAUUUCCUGGCACUAUUUCCGGUAUUUACCUUAUCGACUAGCUAUCCCAUUAUUGCCAUAACAUUGAGAAAUAAUCUGCAGACAUUAUUUCUAGAUAUGUCAAGAUAUGAAUCGUAUCAUUGGUUUAUUCGUAUUAUUUUUCCUCUGUGUGCGAUUAUCCCACCACUUUGCGUGACAUAUUUCACUGAGAGUUUAUCCAGUCUGAUUGCCUUUACUGGAAGUUAUGCUGGUACUGGCAUUCAAUACAUAAUUCCUGUAUGUUUAGUUUACUUUGCCAGACGGACUUGUUCCGAACUGUUGGGCAGUGGCGUUGCCAAUCAGUUUAAAAGUCCUUUCAAGUCUAAUGUAUGGCUUCUGUUGGUAAUAGUUUGGUCAGUUGUUUGCGUAUUUUUGGUUACCAUUAAUCUAAUUCAAUAAGCUUUAUUUGUCUCGAUACCAAUUAUUUAUAGAAACUAAAGAAAUAAUCUAUUAGACAGUAAUUAUCUAAUUGGCUGUGAAAAAGAAAAGUUUUUUUGAGUCUUCCAUUUAAA